AUGUUAUACAAUAGGGCGAGCGGCUGUCAAAUGGAUACUAAUGAUGGGAAAGAGGCUUUGAAAUAUAUCGACACCUUUGGACUGGACAACACAGUUAAGUCGAAGCCUGUUUUAGGAGGUUGUCGGCCAGCGGAGCUAGUCGAUGCUCAGAAGAAACGAAAAAAUACUGCUGCUGAUGAUAUAUUUGAAGGCGAUGACAGCAACGAUGACUUUACAAUGGACCUGAGCAGCAAGUCUGUUAACGAAAGCUGUAACAACGGGGAAGUUUGGCAGUUUGAUCUGUUUCAAGAGAAUGCAACAGAGGCUGUUCGUGAUCAGGUUAUGAGACGCAAAGCAAACUCAGCUGUAUUCAAUGGGGCUUACAUUAAUGAGCGGAUACGAUUUGACGUUCAAUCUGCUGUCCUUGAGCGUUCCUCUGCAGAUGGAGUGCUGCGUAUGCUGACUCAUAUGAGCCACAUGCGCGAUCCUCGUGCCCCGAUCAAUGUGCCCAAUGAUGUACUUGCCGCACUUCCACCAGAUCCAUAUAUUACUGCUUUGGAGCAGGAACGGCAUAAGCUAAAAGGCGCAUCCUACAGAAUUGAGGGAACAGAGAUCAAAAAAGAAGUCCGUCGCCUAAGCAAUGCAAUCGCAACCGCUAAGAGCAGACGUCGCAAUGUUAUCUCCGAAGAGUAUAGGGCUGAUUACUUUCGCUGUCGUCCUACCGAAGAUAUUGAAAAACAGAACAAUGGACACAAGGAGGAGGAGUAUGUCGAGUUUAUAGUUGAGUAUCAAAUAACCGAGAGAAAACAAUUGGCUGAGCUUCUAUGCACACUUCUCGGGAGUACUGAUCCACAGGAUUCUGUUGCACGGCGUCUCCGGGCUGCGAAUCUCAUGUUGAAAUUAUGGGUUACCGCGAGAAACCUCAACGUUACUGGCUUCAAUACUGCCUGUCCAACCAAUUUUCGAGAAGGAUUUGUCUGA